AUGGAUGAGGGUAAUAUUGAUCGUGGUCGUAUCGUCAAUAGUGAACUGGUUCCUGAGGAAUAUUUCUGUCCCAUUUGUCAAGAUCUUCUCUGGAAACCACGUUCAUGUGCUUCAUGUCAACAUUUAUUUUGUGAAAAAUGUCUUCGUAUGUGGAGUGAAAACCCUGUUAAUAGAGAGAAAUGUCCAUUUCGAUGUCAACCAUUUGAAGAACGUCGAUGUCCUCCAUAUGUUCAAUCAUUAUUAAGUAGAUUAAAUAUUCAUUGUAGGAAUGCUUCAUUUGGUUGUACUGCAAUUCUUUCGUAUGAUAAACUAGAACUACAUGAAAAGAGUCAAUGUCAAUAUUUAACUCAACGAUGUUCUGAUUGUGAUCAACUGGUACUUCUUUCAAAAUUUAAUGAACAUCAGCAAACAACUGAAUUAUGUGUUCCACAACCAAUUAAAUGUACCAUUUGUCAGACUUAUUUUCCCAAAGCUUUGCUUCAAAAUCAUUUUUAUCAAUGUUGUGAGAUGAAAAUUAAUAACUUAAUUGAGAGAACAAAUGCUGAUCAAACUUUACAACUGACAGCAGAUGGACAACAAAUACCAAUGAAUCCUGGACUCGCAUUUAUUCAAUCUAUUGUUACUAGUAUUCAAUUAGUCGAACAACAAAAAAAAUUCUCCCAAUUACCAACAAGUUUAAAAGGAACCGAUCCAAUUAGACGAGCACAAGAACAAAGACGUAAUCCUUUCUAUCGUCUAUUACUUAUGUUAAAAUUUCUUGUUCUUAACUGGUCUAAAGCACCUUUCUUCAUGUGGACAUUUACUGUGAGUACUUUUAUGAUAUUUGCUAUGUUUGCUUUUGGUUGUUUUAUUAUUUUAUCAAAUUGGAGUUAUAGACGUCUUCAUUUUGGAAUUUUCCUUCUGAGCUUAUUCAGUUAUUUUUUAAGCUAUGGAACUUAUUUUUUACUUCAAACGAUAUCCGAUACGAACAUAAUUUUCUAUGUUGGACUUUGCAUGUUUUUAUGUGGUUGUAUGAUGAAAAUAUCGUUAGAGGUAAUGGAAAUGAGUCCCUUAAUGAAUAAACCUAUAAUAUGUAUUAUCUGCUGUUGUAUUGGCAUAUUAUUAAUGAAAAUAAUAUUAUUACUAAUUAGAUUUUAUUAUUGGUUAAUGCCAAUAUAUCUAGCUGCAACUAUUUUUACUCUUCUUCAUUGUUUUUUGGCAUGUACAUUCUAUCGUGUUGCUGUACCUAUAGCUGCGCAAACACCACCAGCAAAUCAACCAACAAUGCCUGUUUAA